UAUUCUUUUCUUUGGUAGGUAAAGUCCAAACGUUUCAGUACGCUAAGAAAAAAGUCCAACGUUUCACUUUUCAGAGAACACUCGAAUCUUCCACAGAAAUUUUUGGCUUCUUAGAUACUCCAAUUGGCUCAAAAUCUUCAUGCCCAUCAUCAGUAGAUUCAUCAACAAUCGAACGAACAGACAGGAAUUUGGAUUUAUUAGUUUACAAAGCUUGUAAAUGGCAAGUGAUAUUGGGGAAUCAAUAGGCAGGUCAUCCCAAAGCCCGUCUUGCUCGGGCAAUGGUAGCAAUGAUGCCGGUGAUUUUGAAUGCAAUAUAUGCUUUGAAUUAGCUCAAGAUCCAAUUGUCACUCUUUGUGGUCACCUAUUCUGUUGGUCUUGUCUUUACAAAUGGCUCCACCUUCACUCGCAUUCUCAAGAAUGCCCAGUUUGUAAGGCCAUGAUAGAGGAGGAGAAGUUGGUUCCUCUUUAUGGAAGAGGGAAGACAUCAACCGAUCCAAGAUCGAGAACGAUCCCCGGCAUUGAUAUCCCUAACCGACCGGCAGGGCAAAGACCAGAAACAGCUCCUCCACCAGAAGCAAACAACUUUUCCCAGCAUGGAUUUGGAUUCAUGGGAGGGUUCAUGCCUAUGGCAAGUGCAAGGUUUGGCAACUUUACGAUGUCUGCUUCCUUUGGUGGUUUAUUACCAUCAUUAUUUAAUAUUCAGGUUCAUGGAUUCCCCGAUGCUACUGUAUAUGGGACGACUUCUGGGUUCCCAUAUGGGUUUUCCACUGGAUUUCAUAGGGGACACGUUCAAAACUACCCUCACAUGGCAAGUCAAGGACAGGCGGAUUAUUAUCUGAAGAUGCUUCUUUUGAUUAUAGGUGCCUUUGUGAUGCUUGCUCUCAUUUGGACAUAAAUGAUUUAUCCACUUGGAUUCAAUCUGCCAAUGGUCCAUGGUCUGGUAACUGUAAAUUCUGUGGGCUUCAGCUUUUGUGCUUGAGAAAGUUAUCCUAUGGUAUUUUGUCAGUACUCACUGUUCCCAUUACUUUGUGCCUUCAGAAUAUGCAAUGAAUCUGUUUGUUACUCUUAAUUAGAUUGCAAAUUUUGUUCACCUUCUCCUCCUUAAACCUCUCUUCCUUUCCUUGGGGGUGUUUUAUGCAUGACUCUACACACACAGUGUGUUUAGGUAUUGAAAGUUUCUUCUUUGUUUGAUU